AUGGCGUCUGUUUACCCAAUCAAGCUGGCAUACUGUGGUGCCUUGCCUUUGGUUUUCACUUACGCCUUGCUGUUUAACUUGAACAUUUUUGGCUUCACCCUCGUCCAGAUCUUCAAGAGCGUUCCUCAGACUGCCUAUGUCGGUGUCUGGGAAAUUGACCCUUUCACUGGUCUCGCCCAGAACCUUUCAGGUGGAGUUCUGUACUUUUUGUCCUCGUCCUCGAGCGGCUCUUCUGCUCUCGCUGCGUUGGCCAGGCCAUUCACCUUUGGUGUUUUCAUCGUUCUUGUGUCUGUUCUCUUUGCACGUGUCUGGACCGGAAUUUCGGGUUCAUCUGGACGUGAUCUUGCUAAACAGUUCAAGGAACAGGACAUUGCCCUCAUUGGCCACAGAGACGUUGCGGUUACCCGUGAGCUCAACAAGAUUAUUCCUGUUGCUGCAGCAACUGGUGCUGCCAUCAUUGGACUUGUGGUGGCCAUUUCAGAGAAUUUAGGUAGCAGAGGUGAGAGUGUCUCUGCCGUUAUUGGUCUUCUGAGUGCCCUCACUAUUCUCGAGGGUGUUGCUACCGAAUGGCAACAAACCGGAGGUCAGAACUCCCAGAUUGGCCAGGCCUUUGGCCAGCAGUAA